GUAGCAACCCUCGCUGACGCCUGGGGCGCCCAAAGUGGUUUGAGCUUUUUUUCUACGAGCGAAGAGAUUGUCCCUCUAUCGCUGCAACUCUGACCGCUUUGUCAACCGAGUUCGAUGCCAUGCCGGAAUUGCCAUUCGGAACUGCUUUGGGACUAAAGAGACCCGGCUCUUGAGCCACGUCCCCUAAGAGGACGGUAAGGCUCCCACGCCGCAGCUGCGACCAACACUUGCGGCCUCCAACUGAAUUUGGGUUUUCACUUUGAUUUAAAGCGGCGCUGUUGUUUUCAGCCAGCGAUCAACGAACUAGAAAGCAAGUCCCGUUAAACUUCACUUUUAAGUCAAACACGCGUAGCGUUAAACUGAUAGUUGUCGUGAAGCGCAAUUCUGUGCCUAACAGAAGUUCAAUAGGGCUUAUUCCCAGUUAGGUAUGCAUAGGAUUGCACCCUUUUAAUGUGUCCACUUAAAAUUAAGUCCCAUCGGUUUCAAGGUAAGAGGGUGCAGGACUGCCGCUUUAGAGUGGUUUCACCUCCGCUUUCAUCGCUUCACUGCUAUUCUCACGUUACUUUGCCACUGCACGCCUAACCGCAGUUUACAUCAUCUAUCUCUCUCUCUCGUAACAGCAGAUGCAAUCAAUUAAAUAACUAAAUAAAGUUUAAUAUCCAUCCAUCUCUCUCUCUCUCUUAACAGCCGAGACGCGGCGAGGCAAAGCGAACCGCCCCUACUUCGCUUUCCAGGAGGACGUGAGCAAAGCUUUACCCAUGACUACCGGAAGUCUGCGCCAUUAGCCUUUCCCCCGUUUCCUAUCUCUGAGGCGUUCGCUUGUUGCUGUCGCCGGAGCUGCCGCCAUGUUAGGGGCCGGGUGGACGGCGCGGGGCCGACGGCUCUUGCCUUUGGCUUGGCGGCUCUUGCAGCCUCGUCCUCCGCGCCGCGUUUGCUCGAGUGGCCGCCUUCGAGGUGACUCCGCCGCCGCCGCCGCCUCUGGCCUGUCCGAGGCCGGGCUGCAGCCGCUGCGGGAUAAGUUUGGCGGGCUGAGCGUGCGCCUGUCGCAGCUGCGCUCCCCGGAGAGCCUGGAGCCAGAAACCUUCCGGAGGUGCCUGCAGGGCAAGUGCAUUUUGCUGAGCCUCUGGGGAGACUGGCGCUUCUUUGCAGGGUCGGCGCUCGAGGCGCUGCCUGGCAGACGAAAGCUCGCUCAUUUAGUCCGCGUUUUCCCAACACUUCUUUUCCCGGUGGGCGAUCAGCUUGUUGGUUGCGCAACACUGUCCAUAUAACGAUGAUGCAACCUGGAUUUGCCGAUAUAGGAUUUAGAAUCCCCCCAUGCCUUGUUUCAUCCGAAUCAUAGCUUCAUAUCCUGGCUUCUUGCCCAGUUCGAAUGGAAUUAAUUGAAUCCAUGUUUAGUUUUCUUGCACAACAAGGGAAGAAGAAAAGCAACUGUAUCUUGCAGCCAAAUUGCCUGUUUCUUUGUAUCUCUGUACAAAUACAGCCAGUGUGAUUAAUGCCAGCAUUUAGCUUUCAGAUAUGGGAUCAUUCAAAAUGAUAAUUCAUCAUAGCUUGUGCACAUAUUUAUCACAUCACUGAAGCAACCAUAGCUACCCCUUAUACAGUAUAUGGACAUUGUAUAGAGGGCUUGAUGAGGCUAGUGACCCUCACUUGUUCCAAGCCUCCAAGAGCUAGCGAGCCCCAGCAUAGACAUCAGUAUAUUCUGCUGUGCUUCUCUCCUCCCAGAUUCUAUCAGGCAAUGGAGAACAGAAGGCUACGUAGCAGUCUGGCUGCAUGUUCCUAUUCUACAAAGCAGAUUUAUAGCUGUGGCUGCAGAGCAAGGCUUUGCCUUCCACCAUGCAGAAUCGGACUCUGCCACACUCACCCUUUGGCUAGCAGAAGGACACAGCAGGUUACCCCAUUAUGCUACUCAUCAAGUAGGAGUUGCAGGUGAGCUUCAGAGAGAGAGAAACAUUGUGUAUUGUUGUCGGUGUUGGUGCUAACAGUGGCUAAUAAUAACCAGAGUUGCGGAUCCCGCCUCAAAUCACAAAAUUUUCCAGACCACAAAAAGUUGGUUUAGGAUUGUAGCAUAGCUAAAUCGGUAGAGGGCAGCAAAGACAAAAAAUACUUUUUGAUUUGUUUUUAAGGGCAUGUUUGAGCAUGUUUUCGAGCUUAUGGGGAAAACAGUACAGUCGUACCUUGGAAGUCGAACGGAAUCCGUUCCGGAAGUCCGUUUGACCUUCAAAACGUUCAAAAACCAAAUUGGGGAUUCUGAUUGGCUGCAGGAAGCUCCUGCAGCCAAUCAGAAACCCAUCGGACAUUCGGCUUCCAAUAAUAGUUAAAAAACCGGAACAGUCACUGUUCAGGACUGCUCGGGAGCCAAAACGUUCAAGAACUAUGCUGUUCGAAAAACCAAGGUACAACUGUACAGUAAUUAAAACAUGGCUCACCCACCCAGGUCUCAGUGAUACAGACCAGAUCAGCCUCCUCAUCCACAAUCAGAUCAUGACUGAGGGAGGUCUUAUUCAAAGCCAACCUGGCAUUCAACAGCAGCAGCCGCCAUAGACCUGAGCGGUAUCUGAAAGGACAAGCACAACUUCCCAGGUUGGACAAGGGGCUGGCACAUGGCAUAGUCCCUGCCUGCCUGUGCUGUGUGCCUGUUACCUGGCCUCCCCUCACCCUACCUCUCCUUACCUAGAACCACCACAAACGAACAUUUUUUGUAUCAGUACCUCAUUCCUGCAGGCUAUUUCCAUCUCCAGACAACUGUAAGAGCCUGCCUCUGUCAAGAGAAAAUAUAAUGCUAAAAGCACUGUCAGGGUAUGCAUGUCAAUCUCAGUUGCUUAAAGAAACCCUGUUGUCUUCAGCGAUUUUUGAAAUAUAAUGGUAGUUAGAUUUGCCCUAAAGCGCUUACAUUUCAAACAAACGCUACUUCCUGCCUAUUUAUGCAGUAACUCAAUGCACAGGAAGGUUUUAAUAAUAACAUACUGUAUGGUUAUUAUUUUUCACACAAACUUUUUUACAACACAAAAGUAAAAAGGACAUUAUGAUUGAAACCAAAGUAAAAUGUCCGCUGAGUAAUAUACUUCACUAUGUUGUUAAAAAUAGUAUUAUGCUUUCAAUAUGCUCUGGUAACCUCUAGGUUAAAUUACUGCAACGUGUUAUACAUAGGGCUGCCUCUGAAGACAGUUCAGAAACUUCCGCCGGGGCAGAAUUCGCUGGCCAGAUUGCUCAUUCACACUUAAGUGUCAUAGAAAUCUGAGACUCCUUUUGUAACACAAAAGCCAAGCACAUUCUUAGCAGGUAACUUCCAAAUUAAUCUGAGCUUUUGCCUUGCAUCCUAAAUAAGAUUCCACACCAACCAGAACACUGCCAACCAUGUACCAGAAGGACAAAGUCAUAUCAUUGUAUGGCAUAGGCUGGAAGACUUAUGACUAAUUUCCUAAGGAAUGACCUUUCAGAAUGUUACAUCAGGGUUGCUGUUUCAUUUAUAAACCAUUCCUCCCACACAUAAAAGUGUGAUUAGUUUAUUAAGUGUGCAUAUGGAAAUACUUUUGCUUUGGAGUAUAUAUGCCUUCAUAAAUGUAAUCUCAUUGUCCUCUAAAAAUGCAGGAUUAAAAUGUAACAUUCAGACAGCCCACAGAAGUCAGUGGCUAAACAUGCAUUCAGAAGCCACUGCCUGUCCAUUAAGAGGCUUUAAAUUUUGGGUAAGGUGGGCAGAGAGACAGGGCAAAACUGAUGCAGGCACAUUUUGACAGGGUUCUGGAUCAUCAGCCUCAUAACUAAUAAACAUCUGAGCCACUUGUUUCAAAUUUGGGAAAGUGAUCGCUAUAUUGGUUUCGUCAUGAGAGAUGGCAUUUCCAAUAGUAUAUUUUCUCUAAAGAAUCACCCUUAAUUUCCCCCUCUCCCCUUAACAUCCAAUGCUUUGAAUAUAACAUUCAAUCAUUGGUUCUUGAUUAAACAUCCAAGGAUACAGAAAAUAUUCUUUCUCCAACAGGUGCUGUAUUAGAUGUCCACACUGGGAAAGUAUUGGUCGUACAGGACAGGAAUAAAGUAAGUCUUUCACAUUAUCUAGAAGAAAUAAUUUGGUGCUGGAGACAUACUUCCGCUUGCUGGAAGGUUUUGGCACAAGAUCUGUGCAUUGCACGGUCUCGUGCAUAAGACCUUGCACACCAUCUCAAGAUGUGUCCUUGCUCAAUGCCUGCGCUAAGUCUUCCACAGCAUUUCGCAGAACAGUGCCACCACCAGAAUUUCUUCCUCUGGCCUUUAUCAAGAUCCAGCCCUUUGACUUGAAUGUAGUGAAUUGUAUUAAGAAGCCUGUUUGUCUUUUAUAUCAUGUAAUGGUUAAAAGUUAACUUUAUUCGCUUCCAUCUGUAGUGACAAAAUGUCAAAGGCCAAUACUUCUGAGUGUAGAUCAUCUCUGUGAUCAUUGUUUUUGCCAAUGAUUAGUUGGGAUAGCAAUGGUCUGAAGUAAUACUUUUUCAUCAGCUAACUAUAUUUAGAAAGGGUAAUUCAGUUCUGGAAGUUCCUAAACAAUCUGUACAAAAGCUCACUGAGUUUUACUGGAUUUUGAUACUGGCAUUUUGCUUUUGCUUUUGCUUUUAAGUCAUUGAUGUUAUCUUCAUAAUCUUUUGUUUGAAUUUAAGGCUUGAGUGGGUUUUGUUUGAGUGGGUUUCAGUUUGCAGACCCUUCACACACUCUUUAUUUGGUGGGUUGAAAUUCAGCCAUUUGUUAAAUUAACAGAUAAUCAGCAAGUGCACAUUAAAAGUGAAGUGUUAUGCAUUCUCACUCCCCAGUGUCCCAUUGACCACCACAGCGGAACACUUCUGAGUAAGAAUGCAUUGGAUCAAGUUGAACAUAUCUUGUUUGUGCCUUUAAAUGUUUCAUAGCCAUUACGGGAUGUUACAGAGAGAAUUACAGGGAGUAGAUGGGUUUGGUAGAAUCUAGGAUGGAAACUGAAGAAAAAUUUAAACCAUUAAUUUGCGAGGAGCAGCCUAAUUUCUCUUCGUAUUUUGGAAAGAAAAGCAAGCUACAUUUGAGGUUUUAAAAAUAAGCUACUGGGCGUCUGCUGUAAUUUGCUUGAAGAGAAUUUAUUAAAAGUUUUAGCAGAGACAGCAAGGCAGCCAAAACUGGCAGAAUAACUCUACUCUGUACAAUUCACUCUGUAAGCAGUAACCCAUGUUGAAUUGUACAUGACUUAAAGCUACAAUGCAUGAGUCAAUUGCAUUGGCAUACGUGUGUUGAAUCUAAUGUAGCCCUAUGGACUUGAAUGAGAUUUUAAUAAUAAUAGUAAUAAUAAUAAUAAUAAUAAUAAUAAUAAUAAUAAUAAUAAUAAUUUUAUUAUACCCCACCCAUUUGGCUGGGUGGCUGACAACACAUAAAAAAUUAUAAAGCAUCAGUCAUUAAAAAUUUCCCUAAACAGGGCUGCCUUCAGAUGUCUUCUAAACAUAAGAUAGUUGUUUAUUUCUUUGACAUCUGAUGGGAGGGUGUUCCACAAGGCGGGCACCACAACCGAGAAGGCCCUCUGCCUGAUUCCCUGUAACCUCACUUCUCGCAGUGAGGGAACCGCCAGAAGGCCCUCAGCGCUGGACCUCAGUGUCCAGACUGAACGAUGGAGGUGGAGACACUCCUUCAGGUAUACUGACGCCUUAUCAGUCUUAUGGCCCCUACAAUAUUACUGUGUUGAGUUAUCCUGGGGCUGAAGCCAAUGUAACGUAGUCAUUGUAACCCACGCUCAAACAUCAAGAGAUACCCACCCAUCAUGAGGUCGUUUGAUGACGUACUCACAUUAGUCAUGCAGAGAAGGCACCAGACGGUGGAUAGCAGUGGCUGAACCACCCCUUUGCUAGGAAAAUGGGGCCAGAGAGGAAAAGGAUUGGACUGACAUUGCAAUCACAACUGCCAACACCAUAGCCAAGAGGAUUUUCUGCUAUGCAACUGGGAUAGUUGUAGUUGAAACCAGGUAAAGCCAAUAGCCAUGAUCAGGUGGGGCAAAUACUAGGGCCCCAGAAGGACCCAUCACAUGCUUGUAUGGGCUGGCACUAUAAAUAAAGGUUCUGGGCCAGACAGCUACAUUUACCACUGCUUCUCUUACCCCAAAAGCUUCUGCUUGUCACCCCCAACACACACAUCAGAGGUGGAGCAAAGGAAUGUUGGGCAUUGGGUAGAUAAUAGUGGCUGUGGAUGCCUCACCCCAUACUUCUCUUUAUAGUGCAGGACCAAGGAAGUGCAAGAGCAUGAUGCUUUCAGCGCUGCCACACAUUCCCACCUCCCAGUAAGCUUUGAGGGGGCCCUACCCGAGCGAGGGUAUCUUGUCUAAGGCUCCAUCAAACCGGGUGCCAGCACCAGCCAUGAUUCAGCAGUGUUAGGCACCCUGGCCCUUUGGGAUUGUCAAUCAUGGGGUUUAAACCCACUUAUUCCCCAUGUUAUACUGUGACCACUGUGGGUUCUUUUCCAAACAGAGGCGUGUUUUGUCUGCGACAUCAUGAUGCAUUUAUAGCCCCACACAGCAAUAAAUUACACAUCUGAGCUGAUAACCAGAAUAGACCACUAUUCAUGGGACUCGCCAGAUUAUUUAAACUGCACAUAUACACUUCGCUGCUUGGCCUCAUAGCUGAACCUGCCAAAGCACAAGUGUUAGUUGUGGCCGUGGUGGUUUCUGUAAUGUGGAACUGGAAGGCAGCCACUGAAUAUCCAUCACACGAUAAUUGCCUCCACUCACUACAAAUCUAAGGUAGAUAUGAAUCAAUAACUUGGUGAAUUAAACCUCCAUCCUCUUAACAGUUUGAGGAUCCAGCUAUGUAUCUUAAAUUCAGUGGAAAAUAUAGCUGAUGAAAGAUACGUUAAGAAUGGCAUAGAAAUAAUAAAUUGAAACAUAAAACUGUAAAGAAUUUUAUACCGUAUCUUAAAACCAUUUAUUACCUACACUAAAAAAAAUGCUGGGAUAGUUAAAAAUUCUCAGUCAGCAACCAAAUUAUAUAUACCAGGAAGCAUUUAUUUCUAUUGUUUUCUAUAAGGUCUUGUUUAUUUUCAGUUACCUUCUGAUAUUCUGGUCGAAUAAUUGCUUUUUCUUCUUCUUAGCUGUACGAUUAGUUUUCAACUCACGCUAGCUAUACAGCACAUUUAAUUAAUGGAAAGGCAGGCAUUAUAUGUUUCAUUUGUAAUUCAAAAGUUCAAGGACAAAUCCUCCAAUGUAGCAAGUAAUGUAAAACUGCCUGCGUUUUGACAAAUUGCCAGGUUAAUGCUUAAGUUUGGCACACAAAUUGUAAACUGUUAACUGGCUACAGUUAUAAAGUUUGCAGCACAGGAAAAUUCACACAUCCCAAUUUGGAAAAAAUAACACUCUUUUCUGGGUAUCUGAUGGGUGAUGGAGAAUAUAAUAUUAAUAGAUUCAAGAAAUAACAAUUCCUCCAAAAAUACAUUUUAAAACACACUUUUAAGCAAGGGAGAACGAGUUUAUGAAGAACCAUAUUGUACUUGUUAAGGAUUUGGCUUUCUGCCUUUAAAAAAAAAUUGCUUGAAAUUUGCCAGCAGCUACUUUUAGAUUCAGAAACAGUGUGCUUAGAAACUUCACAGCACUUUAGAUUCCAGUGGUGUGGCCAAAUGUAUUGAAAGUUCAAAGUCUAUGUAUUUGUGUAACGGUGACCUGCACUGUGUUAAGAGCUGCACAUGUGACAUCAUGGCUGAAGAGCAUUAAAAUGCAAAACAGUUCCCAGCCAUGAAAAGCAAAGUCUAAAGGCCCAUGAAACAAAAUAGGUUACCCGCCAAUUGGUUUUAUAUGUAAAUUAGUGAAGAACCCAUUAAUAUGCUGUGAAGUAGGGGUGGGAGAGUCUCUCUGCACUCUGCUUUCAUACCCUCAUCUCAGCCAGUGUGGUGUAGUGGUUAAGAGCGGUGGACUCGUAAUCUGGUGAACCGGGUUCGCUUCCCCGCUCCUCCACAUGCAGCUGCUGGGUGACCUUGGGCCAGUCACACUUCUUUGAAGUCUCUCAGCCCCACUCACCUCACAGAGUGUUUGUUGUGGGGGAGGAAGGGAAAGGAGAAUGUUAGCCACUUUGAGACUCCUUCAGGUAGUGAUAAAGCGGGAUAUCAAAUCCAAACUCUUCUUCUUCUUCUUCUGAUGGGACAGGCAAUUUUCUGUAGUAUGGCCCCUGCUGCAUUAUGGAAGCCAGAAGGUCACUCUCUCACACACACACUUGCUUAUCCCAUGGGGGCAGGGAAGUAGCAGCAAAAGUGACCAAGAUGCAUUGCCUAGAGCUGAUGUGGGGAUUAAUCCCCCCUUGGACAACAUUAUUAUUAUUAUUAUUAUUAUUAUUAUUAUUUAUUACCCUACCCAGUUGGCUGGGUUUCCCCAGCCACUCUGGGCGGCUCCCAACAGAAUAUUAAAAACACAAUAAAGGAUCAAACAUUAAAAACUUCCCUACACAGAGCUGCCUUCAGAUGUCUUCUAAAUGUCAGAUAGUUGUUCAUUUCUUCGACAUCUGCUGGGAGGGCGUUCCACAGUGCAGGCGCCACUACUGAGAAGGCCUUCUGCGUCGUUCCCUGUAACCCUACUUCUCGCAGUGAGGGAACCACCAGAAGGCCCUCAGAGCUGGACCUCAGCUGAACGAUGGGGGUGGAGACGCUCCUUCAAGUAUACUGUGCCGAGGCCGUUUAGGGCUUUAAAGCUCAGCACCAACACUUUGAAUUGUGCUCAAACGUACUGGGAGCCAAUGUAGAUCUUUCAGGACCGGUGUCCUUCAGGACCUUCCAGGGGUCACAUGUAGUUGGGGGCAGAGGCAAAAGAAAGGGAUGCAACUCCUAUUUUUAUCCAAUAGGCUACAUUCUAGCCAUGCAAAAGCCAGACUCCUGUCUCUUAUCUGGGCAAGAGGCAUGAUGAUGGUUCAAGGAUACAUUCCAGCCAAGUGAAUGCACUCAGGGAGAAUGCACAGCAGAGCUGAUGGGGUCUUCAUGGUCUGGGGAAGAGUCCCGAGAGCCAGAUAGAGAGGUCUGAAAGCCUGUGCUUGGCCUGCAAACUGGAGGUUCCCACUACUUGCCUAAAGAAUCCCUGUCAGUCGUGGUACUGCUGCAAUAGAGCAAAAUGAGCAGGACCAGGGUGGCGCAGAAACCUCUCCCCAUGCACAUUGUCAGUGAAAUAACUAAGCAUGCUUCUCUCCCCCCAACCCUUGCUCAUACUUCGUGGCAGGAGCCUUCACCAUCAAUUGGACAUGUCAUUCACAACUAAACAAUGGUUGGUUUCAGUGUGGGCUGUGUGCAACAAACACUGGAUCCAACUAAUUGACUACAGAAAAUUCUAGAUUCAGGUAGGUAGCCGUGUUGGUCUGACGCAGUCGAAAUAAAAAUAAUAAUAAAAAUUUGUCCACUAGCACCUUAUAGACCAACUAAGUUUGUUCUGGUAUGUACAUUCUCAUUUUUGUUUCAUUUUUGUAUAAUACCUAAAAGGUGUUUUGACCUUGGAUGCAAAAAUGAAAAUGUACAUACCAGAACAAACUUAGUUGGUCUAUAAGGUGCUAGUGGACAAAUUUUUAUUUUUAUUUUUUUGACUACAGAAAGUUUUCCUUCUCUUACUGUGCACUGACCAAGUGAGUUAGAAGGAUACUACUGCUUUAGGAAACACUUAGUCCCGUCCCCCCCAUAACCAUACAUUAAUCUGAAGCUGGUCUAACAAAAUUGGGAAAGAUAAUCAGAAAUAUGUAAUGUAUUACUCCUGGGGUGCAAAUCAACAUACCUGUACUUCUUUGAAACGAAUGUCAUUAGCAGCAGGUAUCACACCAUGCUGGUAAAAAACCUUUAUCCAUUUUGGUCUUUAAAAAUUACACAAGGACAUGAUUCAUCAGCUGGCACACAAUAACUUCAGCUUUAUUUUUCAGCUUCAUAACCAAAAAUGAUGUGAUACACAUUGGUUAUUACAGACACAAAAGUAAAAUUCAUAGCCAGUGCAGUAUAGAACAGUACUACAAUCAAUCACUGUUUAGAAAAUGUACUGAUGUUUGCAAACAUUGAAGUAGAGUAUACAUGAUUAAAUAUUAGAUUACAUAGGCUCCAGUCCAACAGAGAGUUAGGUACACUUAAGGCCAUAGGCUUAAACUUGCCUAACUCGGCAUUGGAUUGUGGCUAUAGAAUAUAAUUACCUAUAGCAGCUUUUAAAAACUGUUAAUGAGCAGCAAUGUUGCAAGUAUAAACCAUCUAACAGUCAUCAGACAAAUCAGUGUAUGUUUUCUUGCAGUAUAAUAGACAUCUACUAUAUGUCUAUUAUAUUGCAAAACACGUAGACACCUAAUUGUAUUUUGGUGAUCACAUUUGCAAAAACAAAAGAAAGGACCAGUCAAGAGAGGCAGCAAUUUAUUUCUGGUGUCUUGUCAAAGGAAACAGAUUAACCAUAUGGUUGUUUUUAUUCCCGUUAAGACAAUAAAUGCAUGGAAAUUUCCAGGAGGAUUGUCUGAACCCGGUGAAGAUAUUGGUAAGUACUUGGCUAUUUUGUUAAUUGCAUAAGGUUCCUCACCUCCCAAGUCGUCAGGCCUCCAAUUUCUUUGAAACCUGUUGAUGGCAAAUGGGAACUUGUGGCUGUAAGUAGGUAAAAUGACGAAUCCUAUAGCACAUCAAAAUUGUUUGCAUCCUUAUUCCUAAUAAGUAAUUUUUCUUAAUUUAUAUACACAAGGCAUGGCAUGAUUUUAUGUCUAAAAGAAUAACUCAGUGAAAACUGUCUUAAUUUACUAAUCUAGUAAUGACAUACUUAACUUAGUGUUUAGUUACACUGGAAGCAUAUGUUGAUUUCAGUGAAACUGAUUUUUGGUUAAGUGAGCAUACUUUGUAGCCUACCAACCUAGGCUACACCCUUACCUGGGAAUAAGUCCCACUGAACUCAACAGGACCUAUUUCUGAAUAGAUAUGUUAAUCUCACAAAAUAUACUUCGUCUGCAAGGUGGAAAACAAUGGUAUGAAUCAACAUACUAAAGACAGAAUAGCAAUUUGGUAGCACAGCAAAGCAGUCAGCCAACAUUUUGCUAACGCAUCAACAAUCAACAUGUACUGUGCAACUCACAUUUUACUAUAUGGCAUGGAUUAUGUGCAGGAGUAACUCCUAUUUAAAAUUUACUAUGUUGUUUCUCAAGGUUUGUGGUGCCUUUGUAUCGGAUGAUGUUCAAGGCAGACUGUUGCAAAUUUUGUUAAAUGAUAUGAACGUUAUAAUGUCAUUAUUUUAAAAUAAAUGUGGCUGCCCUGACAUUUUUGUAGGCCAAACCAUGGUUUGCAAACCUGCUUCUAAACCUGUAGGCCAAACCAUGGUUUGCAAACCCAGCCAGAACCAAGCUUCUAAAAUGGUUUCAUGCUAAAUACAGCUAGGAAAAACGUUUGUGCAGAAUUAAUGCUAACUUUAGAUAUCUCCAGACUUGAAAGAGAGGGGAAACAACAUACACAGGAAGGGAAGAGUGUCAUGAUCACCAAUCUUUUAGAGGGAAUUAAGCAGCCCCUGUAAGGCAGGCUAGGGGAAUUAAUUUAAAAUCUUACAUUUUAAUAUCUGCCGACUUCCUUGGCCUCAAAUGAAGGAAACUCAAAACAGGGAACAAACUCAGAACAAAUGGGGAGCCCACUUGAACAUUUGAAUGGGAGACAUAACUCUAGAGCCAUAACUUACACAGUCGCACCUUGGUUGUCAAACGGAAUCCGUUCAGAAAGUCCUUUCGACUUCUGAAAACGUUAGAAAACCAAGGCGUGGCUGCAGGAGCUUCCUGAAGCCGCGUUGGACGUUCAGGUUCCAACGAACGUUCGCAAACCGGAACACCCACACCUGGGGUUUGCAGCAUUCAGGAGCCAAAAUGUUUGAGUCACAAGGUGUCCAGGAUCCAAGGUACAAUUGUAAUGUCAGUAACACCAUUGCUAGGUCACUCUUAAAUCCACAAUGAACUCUUGCAAUAACAGGCUACUUACUACUUGGAAGGAGUGGCUCUGUCUUCCACAUGUGCUUAUAAUUGUAAGUGCCACUGUAUAACCCAUUUAUUUUAGUUUACUUAUGGACAGUGAUACUGUAUAUCACCCAUGAUUAAAACCACAGACUGAUUAAUAAUUACACAUAAGACAUAUACCUAAUUUCAUAAUUCCUAAUUAUGCAUUUGCUGGACUGGGCUUUUUAAAAUUAUUUUUAGAGCCACAAACACAUUUCCAAAAUGUAAGUUUUACAUAUCAGAAAUUAAGAAAUUUAUUAAUGCUGCCUAUAUUUAAGGCCAAGGUUGUGUUUUGAAGCUCUGGGAUAGCUCAGUCAGUAGAGCAUGGGACUCUUAAAUCUCAGGAUCAUGGGUUUGAGUCUCACAUUGGGCAAACUACUCCUGCAUUUUGGGGGGCUGGACUAGGAUGUUCCUAGUGGUCCCUUCCAAAUCUACAGUUUUAGGAUUCAGGUCGUACCUAUGAUAAAUGCGGUAGCUCAGUUUUUAAAAAGCACAGAAAACUUUGACAGCAAUUGCUUUGUUUGGUAUAAGGUGGUUUCAUAUACAUUGCAUUUCAAAUUAAAACACCUGCAAUAGUGCUUUUAUAAUAUCUACAACCAAAGUAUUUUGUGGAGAGGGGUUUUUUUUUGGGGGGGGAGAUAUAUUUUUCACUCAGUCUAACAGAGGGAGGGGUGGUGCUGUUGAAUGCAUGUUUACCACAACUGAAAAUCUAAUGGCAAAGCGAGAGAGAAGAUGGAGGAGAGAAUUACAGUUAAUGCUUUUAAAAAAGGAACUCUUUCUUUUCCUCCUCCUUAGGGAACACAGCAGUUCGAGAGGUUUUCGAGGAGACUGGCAUUAAGUCAGAAUUCAAGUCCCUCCUAAGCAUACGGCAGCAACACAGACACCCGGGGGCCUUUGGCAAGUCAGAUAUGUACAUCAUCUGCCGAAUGGAGCCUUCCUCUUUCAAAAUCAGUUUAUGCCAACAGGAGUGCCUGAGGUGUGAGUGGAUGGACCUAGCUGAGCUUGCCAAGACAUCAGACACUACUCCAAUCACCAGCAGUAUUGCUAGAUUGCUUCUUUAUGGGUAUAGGGAAGGGUUUGAUAAAAUUGAUUUAACCGUGAGAGAAUUUCCAUCUGUGUAUACAGGCCUUUUCUAUAAGCUGUACCACAGAGAGCUGCCAGAGAAUUAUAGAAACAUGACAGGUUAGCAAUACAUUUAGUGUUGUCGUUUUUUGGCUUAGAAAAAAAAUCCCUUGUACUAAAAUAUACGUAUAUUCUGUUCCAAAUCAAAUUCCCUUUUCUACCUUCUAAAAGGAUAAUAUAUAUUAUUUCAUUUGAAAUGCUAAUGUUUCUCUAACUAUGCACAUUUUUAAUCCCCUUUCAUCUUGAAUGGCCCAAAUAAUAUAUAUUUUUAACUCUACCCCCAAACCAUCAAGUUGGAAACAAGCGUAAUAUUCAGCUGGUGCAUUGGUGUUCGAGCCUGACACAUUCACAUACACACAUAUAUGGUUCCAGGAAUUAAAACAGUUAGAAGGCUUAAAACAUACACAGUUCUACAAUCAAUCUGCAAGUCCUGGCAAAUAUUUGGUCACAUUUUUCUGUCUUGUGGCAAAGCGGAAGUUUACCACUGCUGUAGUAUAUUUUAUAGACUCUGCCACUAAAAUCAACUCUUGGCAGACAUUGGAAGGAAAAGGAUAGCUUUCUGUCCUCGUCCAGUUUUUGGUCCGAGUUUGUACUGCCCAGUUCGUUUCAGUGCGACAUACCAAUCACUAUGUUUACGAGAUCGAUAUGUAUUGUAGUUAUUAGAUUCCAAGCGUUCAAAAAAGAAGCAUUCAUCUGUUAUGUAUUUCUGAAAAUGAAGGAAGAAAACGUUAUUCAUAGUCUGCUACUGUCACGAAAUAGUCUAAUCAGAAGUAUUUAAGACUUGAUCAGCAUUCACACCCAUUUAGCAAAAGGAUAAUACACAUACAAUCAGAAUACUAUUUUAUUUUAUCUUUGAAGCUCACAUAGGUAACACACUCCCACAUCCACAUAAAUGAAAACUUCCAACUACUACUUCCAAAUUAGAGAGGUAGUUUACAAAAAGAUUCAACACAACAGCCUUUUGUAAACUAGCUGUCUAAUUACCCGAUCAAAGGUCAACACUGCCUUAUGUAAUAAGGAAUGGAAAAUAUUUAGUUUUUAUACACAUUAAGUGUCCACCCUUAAUAGAGAUAAGGUAAGUGAGUCUGCAAACUUAAACAAACUUCCUUAAGUGUAAAUUCCACUGAAAUCAGUGGCUGCAUUUACAUGGAAUGCUAAGCCAAAAAUCCUAGUUCAAUAAGACAGGAUAUUUAUUUAUUUUACUAAAUUUUGUUUACUGCCCUUCAUCCAUAGAUCUUAGGAUGGUUCACAGAUACGCACUGUGUGCCCCUAUAGGAAGUGCUCCUCUAGUCUCUUCACACAAGCAACUAAACAAGCCAGGAUUCAGCACUCCAUAAUAUGCAAACCUGAAGCUUCAAAACAGACCAGGAUACGAAGCCAUGGUUUAAACUGGCUUAAUAUCCUGGCUUGUUUUGAAGCCAUUAAUAUUCCUUUCUGGUUUGCAUGUAACAGGAAACUAUGGUAAGCGUUGAAUCCUGGUUUGUUUUAUGAAUAAGGCUGUCCACAAAUGCACAUCCCUUCUGCAUAUCCUGGGUUAGUAUUACAUGCAAAGGUAAUGGGAAAUACUUCUGAGUGGACAUGUAUACUGUUGUGCUGUCAGUCCCAUUGAAAUUAAUUGGGCACAAACUACAAUUUGCCCAUUUCAAUCAGGGAUGUGGGGUGGAACAAAUUUCCAGGGCUUUAUUUUUUCCACAAAAAGUGUCAAUGAAUUCAUUAAUAAUAAUGAAGGGAUGCAAAUACAUUAUUAGGCAAGCUUUGCAGUUUCAAAGUUUUUAACUUUGUUUAUUCAAAACAAGGAAAAUAAGCAUGCUAAAUCAGAUUAUCCUCAAGGGCACCAGAAAUUUUUUGAUGCAAACUGAAAAAUUUCUAAUACAAAAGGUCUUGGAAAAUGCACAUUACUGAUUUUGAUUAGACUUAAGCACAAUUAUCUCUGGAUUCCGCCAGUGUAUUUACUACCAUAUUUUUAUUUACUGACUUCCAUUAUUAACCCACACUAAUGUAAAUGCUAAAAUAUACUUAAAGAAAAUAUUGCUUAACCCCGGCCAUCAAAGAUAGCCCAAAAAUGGAAGUACAGUCAAACUUCGCAACUCAAACACCUCCAUUCUCGAACGUUUCAGCUCCUGAACGCUGAAAACCUGGAAGUAAGUGCUCCGGUUUUUGAACAUUCCUCAAAAGUCGAAUGGCUUCUGAGGCAUGUUUUUCAUUUUUUCCCCCAUUUACUUUGCAGCCCAUUGAUCCUCAGUUUUUAAACGUUUCAGAAGCCGAAUGGUCUUCCGGAAUGGAUUACGUUCAAAAGUCGAGGUUCCACUGUACCACAGUGGAAGUCCAAGAAAGGUAUUAAUUAAUGCCUACAGGUGGAGCUAUGUUCUCCUGUAACUGCACCAAAUUAUGAGGAUUUUAAAAAAGCAUUAAAGGCAUUCCAUGACAUCUAGCUCCACCCCAAUACGAGAGGGAGAAAGAAACUGCUUACCAGUGCUAACAACCGGCCAUCUUCAUUCAUAGAAAGGAAACGGUUUGCACACACACCUUUGAUUGACACGACUCCUCUCUCUUCUGCCUGAAGCAGCAAUUUGACUGGAUAGGAAGAAAGACAAUGUCAAUGUUCAAGUAAUUCUCACAUAGUGUGUCAUCCAUGGGUUACUCUCAAGGGCAGCUUCAACGGCUUUCAAUAACCCCAACCAUGUGACCCAACCUAUUGCGCUAUGGAAUUGAUACGUUCUUCCUCCACAUUUGGGACUUCAAAACUACAAACUCAGUAAACUGUAACACGAUUCAUACUAAUUUGUACCAAGUGUUGACCUAACACAAAUAUGCAGGGCAUUUACAUUUUACCUCCAAAACAGUUCUAAAUGGCACUAGGAUGUAAUCUGUCUACAAUAAGUACAGGAGAAUCACUACUUAUGUAGGGGUUCUGUUCCCGGCUGCUGCACACAUCACCAGGUUGCACGCAAAUGGGGAUCCCCCUGUUCCACCCCACCCCAUUCUUGCCCUGCCCCCGCUCCAUCCCCUUCCAGGGCCAAAAACGGCACGCCUGUGCGCGGCCAUGUGAACCUUGAACACGCAGGAGUGGGGAAUUGCCUGUAGGUGAUUUCAGUCAGAGUUUGAUAUUUUAGUGUGGCGUCACCUACACUCCUUACCUAUUGAUACUAGACAGGCAGCUUUCACUGUACAUUUUUCAACGCCUGCUAAAAACAUUUUUGUUUAGACAAGCCUAUUCAAAAGUUUAAGAAUGUUGAUGUGAGUUCUGAUCUGCUUUCAGUCUACUGCUGUUAUUUCAACUUUUCAAAUGUCUUAAAUUAUUAUUGUUAAUCCUUCUAAGUGAUAAUUUUAUUGCUUUAUCUUUUCGUAAACUACUGUGAGGUUAUAUGCAAUCAAGCUGUUUGAGAAUUUUAUGAAAUAAAUAAACAUAAUCAUACAGCAAACAAAAAGCAUUAGAUAAAUGAUUCCUGUCUCUCUGCAUUUUCCUCCCAAAUUAGUUUAAUGUAUUUUUUUCUGUAUGCUUUUCAAAACUUGCCAAUACUUGAUGGAGAAGAUCCUAAUCAUUUAUCCUGGAAAACAAAACUGAGAUCUAAUCUACUUCAUUGCACCAAUGUUUAAAUUGCUAAGGACACUUAACCGAAGCAAGGAAAGAAACCCUCUUACGAUUGUAUAUCACUUAAAAUAAAACAGAAACACUACUCUG